GUGUCGGUGGCCGUGGGUGGCACCGUGGUGGUCCAGGAGCCCGUGUCGGUGGCCGUGGGUGGCACCGUGGUGGUCCAGGAGCCCGUGGGCCAGCUGCGGGGGGUGUGGGAGGCCACGAGCUUCUCCCUGGAGCGGCUCCAGGCCAACCCCGAGCUGGUGGCCCAGGAGGAGCAGGACCUGGGCCAGAGAUGGGGACCCUCCUACCAGCUGACCUUUGACCCCUGCGAGGAGCCCCCCCUGCUGCGGCACAUGGGGACAUGGGGGGGGACAUUGGGGACGUUCCUGGUGACACAGGAGGUGACAAAGGCCUUGGUGACAUCGGGGGACCCCGGGGGGGCCUCCCUGGUCCUCGUGGGCAGCGUGGUGGCCAAGGUGGGGAAUUUGGGCCAAACCAACUACGGGGCCUCCAAGGGGGGGGUGGAGGGGCUGACCCGGAGCGUGGCCAAGGAGGUGGCCAGGUUUGGGAUCCGCUGCAAUUCCGUCCUGCCGGGAUUUAUCGUCACCCCCAUGACGGACAAAGUGCCCCCAAAAGUGCUGGACAAGUUCGCAGGGAUGGUGCCACUGGGACGACUGGGGGACCCUGAGGACGUGGCAGACGUGGUGGCUUUCCUGGCGUCGGGGGACAGCGGCUACGUCACCGGGGCCACCCUGGAGGUGACAGGGGGUCUCUUCAUGUGACGGAUCCAGCCCCUCCCCCCGAUGUCCCCCCAAUGGGGGGGAGGGGCAGACCUCAAAAUUUGGGGGGUUGGGAUGGGGGGGAGGCCCCGAGUUUGGGGAGAGGGGACCCCAAAAU